UGUGUUAACCGCUGUUAUAGCCCCCCUUUCUAGAAAUAGUACCCACAAGUCUCAUAAAUUUCCAUGGAAUUUGUGAAUCACUUCAAAAAAUUCUUCUGUUUCACUUUGAGUUGUAUCAACCUCAAACCCCAUUCCACACUGCUUUCCACUACUUCUUCAAAGUACACACACACACUCACUCACUGGUAAAGUCACUCACCUCUUUCUCUUUCAUGUUUUUAGGCAACUUUUUAUAACUAGUUUUUUCCACUUCUUCUCCAAAAUCACUUAAAUGGCUUUCACAUUCAUUAUCUUUAUUUUUUUUUUGCCUCCAUUCAGUCCUCUGCUUCACCUGACACACUCUUUGCAUUCACCCUUUUUUCCAUCUCUUUCUUCAUUCUUUUCACGUGGGGUGCCCUUCUGACAUUUUUCUUCUCUCUCUCUCUCCCUCUCUCUCUCAAUCAUCAAUCUUUUGUAGUUCAAGAUUGUUGCUUUAUUAUCUUAAAGGAAAGUUGAAUUUGGUUUCUAUUUUUCUUUUUUGUUAUGACACUUGUGUGUGUGUGUACCUUGUACACUGUACAUGCUUUUUUUUGAAGGUUUUUCAAUGGUUAUUCUCUUAUGAGGGUAUGCAAAGUUGAGAUUUUUUACUGUUUUAAGGUACUAUUCCUGAAAAAUUGAAGUGGGGUCUUUUGAUUUCACCUUAGAACUCUUAUUUUGUGAUGGAUUCUUGGAGUUUUGUUCCUGAAGAAAAAGGGUAUGUUUCUAAUGAUACACUUUCAGCUUCAAACACACUUGGAAGAACUAAAGGUUCAUUCUUGAGUUGGGAUUUGAAAACCCCAUCAAGUUUUUUGGGUCAACAAAGCAUUGAGAAUGAUAAUAAUCAUAAUCAAGGUUUUGAGGAAUUGGGGUUUCAUGGAAUGUUGGGGAAACAAUUGUCAAAUGUUGAUGUUGAUGAUGAUGAUGAUGUUGUUGUUGGUAAUGUUCAUAGCAGAAAAAUGAAUAGUGAUGUUGUUAUGGCUGCUCCAAUUCCAAAUGCAUUUUCUGUUAGAGAAAAUCACUUUAAUUCAAAGAUUUCAAAUACUUUAGGUGACACUAAUGGUUGCAAUUCACUCAUAGAUUUGAAGUUGGGUAGGUUUGGUGAUCAUGGAGAUGCAAUUGGUUCAACAUUUUCAAAAGGGACUAACAUUUUGUCGUCGUCCGGGUCGUCGACGCCACCUAAGAGGGUUCGGUCUUCCGGAGUCCAUUCGCAGAUUUCUUACUGUCAAGUCUAUGGAUGUAAUAAGGAUCUGAGUGGUUGUAAAGAUUACCACAAGAGGCACAAAGUUUGUGAGGUUCACUCAAAGACUUCCAAAGUUAUUGUGAAUGGAAUUGAACAGAGGUUUUGUCAGCAAUGUAGUAGGUUUCAUUUGCUGGCUGAAUUUGAUGAUGGUAAGCGUAGCUGUCGCAAACGCCUUGCAGGCCAUAAUGAGCGCCGAAGAAAGCCACAAGUCGGUAUUCACUCUGGAAGAUCUGGAAGGUUGCUUCAGCCAUAUGGUGAUAGCCGAUUCCAAGGAACCAUGCUAACAUCGGCAUCUUUUAUAUGCCAAGAGAUACUCCCCGGCGAGGUCUUAUCUUCUGAGAAAUGUGCCGCUAGUAACUGGUGGAGACCUAUAAAAGCCGAAGACGGAACCGGCUUUAGGCCCUUUUCAUCUAUUCCAGUCAGCAAUGGACAUCCUCAUUCAAGAACUUUAUUUCCUUCCUAUAGUGAUAAACAAUUUCCCUUUCUCCACGAAAACGGUGCUACAUCUGCUACUGAAAGCAUAUUCUGCGAAAACAAUAGUCAAUAUCCUCCUAUCCUCGGGGGCUCGAAUUCUGGAUCACAAUCAUUAUUCCAAAACACCUCCUUAGGAAGCGAGGACUUCAAUGUUUUUGAAACGGAAUCAACUGUUCAAGGAUUAUCGGGAGUUUCGGAUGGUGGUUGUGCUCUCUCUCUUCUGUCAUCUCAAUCACAAAACUCUUCAAGCCAAUCGUCAGGAAUUCCCAUGUCUCGUCACUUGGUCAUUCCGACCAGCCACAGCCAUUACGGCAUGAGUCCGGUCUCUGAAAAGAUGAUAGGAAUGAGUUCACACGCUUCGAGCGGAGUGUCGGAUAGGUUUCCAUCUGAAUUAAAUCAUAACGAUGGAAGUCAUCUUAGUCCUAUAUUGAUAUCCGGCAACAAUGAACUUGUCCAUUUUGAAAUGGCAGACGGGAUAUUCCAUGGUUCGGAUUUUGUCAAUGUGAAAGACCGUCUUUCUUGUGAAGAUGGUCCGACCAUUGAUUUGCUUCAACUAUCGUCACAACUUCAGCGUGUCGAGCAUCAGAGGCAAGCCUUGCAGGUGAAGCAAGAAAAUGAUUCUUCCUGCUCUCUCCGGAUUACUUAAGAUGUUUUUAAGAGGAAAGAGCUUGGUGUGAUUGUGCAGCAUGUUGUGACAGACACCAAUGUAAUGCAAAGUGAAGAAAAAGCUUAGUAUCUUAAUAUCCUCCAACUCAUGAGAUGCUAACUAGUUUAAGUAGUUUUCUCGCGCUGAUUCGGACACAAUAGUCCUUCUCAAUUGACAUAAAUCCAUCUAGAAUGUAAUAAUAAACAAAAGCCUGAGAUGUAUCAAAGUGUGACAUUCAGGUUAUCUAAUAAUGUUGAUAUUUUGAUCAAUGUUAAAUCUGCACUAAUACAUUAAUCUAAUAAUGUUGGUAUAUUGUGGUAA